ACUUUGAGAUAUUUUAUGGGUUUGAGAUAUUUUUAUGAUACCGUUAUAAAUGGAGUAUGAUUUUGCUUAGAGGAUUUCUAUACCUUUGCUCCUAGUAAAAGGCGAUUCGGGAAUUAGGGUUUUAAUCUAAUUUCAGGUGCCUUCCUUUUUGAGCGAAUGUGUUUUAACAUGCGUCAGAAUCUUGUUUUUAAGGAUUGUGUAAAUUUGGCCUAUUUUCUAUCUCUAUGUAUGAUAUAGGAUAGGAAUCCUUUUGCUUCAGAGUGCGCUAUGCCAUUUUAGAAUUGUUGCUAUUUGCUUGCUUAGGCUUUUCAAACCAGCAUAAUUGGAUACUGCAGAGUAAUGGAAUUUGGUGUUAAGCCAAGAUUAUGCAUACAUACAGCCUCCCUAUUCCCAAACUAUGUAAUUAAGCCCUAAGAUUGUGUGUUGCUGUCCAUAAAAUUUGUAUGAGUUUAAAAUGAGAAUUCUAUGGAUUUGGUGUUUGAGCUUACUCGUUUCCCUACAUAUGCUUCGAAUUUGCAUUUUUUCUUGUAUAGAAAUGAGAUUACUUUACUGAGGAAGUUGACAAUUUUUGUUGAUUGCUCAGUUACUAACAUAUUAUUCAUAAUUUUUGGUAUUCUGGCUUGGUUUUUGUAUGCAAACGUAGCUUUUCUGGUCAUGGAUUAAUUCACCAAAAAAUCAUAUUCAAAUUAUUAAAGCAUAUUAAGUUUCACCAAAAAUCCUAUCCUUAUUUUAGAUCUCUUGGGGAUAAUAUGAUGGGUUAUUGGUUUAUGAUGAUGUUAUAUAGGUGACAAGAAUUCUAGGGAAGCUUCCUGUAUGCUCAAGCUUAGUCUACCAUCAUCUGUAGGGUCAAAAAAAUUGUUCUGUUAGCUAAUUAAUUGAUGGAAGGAGGGUUGUUAGACUUUAAAUGAGAACACAUCAGGGUUUGAAAUGUUAGGUCCUGAAAUUAUAAUACUUAUGUAACAAAUGAUUGCUAUUCACAAUCCUCCCUGAAUCACCUGAAGAUGAUUAUGCUAAAUGAUUCUGAGUUGAUUAUCCACAUGAAAGCAGGGGAUUGUGAUGGUUGUAUAAGGUUUUAAAGCUUUAUGCAGCUAAAACUGAAACGCUACCUAAAAUGCAUUACCAGAAGAGAUUUAUCUAAUGAUUUAUGUUAAAAGAGCAUUAAAAAUGUCAGUUUCAUCAGUGGAUGGUAUGGCAUCAUUGAGCAGUGAUCUUUGCUAUGACAUACUAAGGCGUCUCGAUGGCGCUAACCUGGCUAUUGCAGCGUGUACUUGUGCUGCAUUCUCUUCUAUCUCAAAAGAAGAGAGACUGUGGGAAGAUGUAUGCUCUUCCAUGUGGCUUUCAACAAACAGCAAUGAUGUGAAAAAUUUGAUCGCUUCAGUUGGUGGAUUUAAAAAGUUUUAUGCUGAUUGUUUCCCCCUCAUAGUAAACAAGGAUGUUCCUGAAUUUCACUGUUAUGACUAUUAUGAUUAUCCUCAAGAAUGGACUGAAGCUGACUACUAUGGGGAUGAGGAUGAAGUAGAAAAUAUCUCACCAUCAGAUUUCGUGUCGAUUGUGGAUAUCAGAUAUAGAGAGAAAACGAUUUGUUCUAAAGUCAUCUGGGGUAUUCCCUACGCGAAUGGCUCUAGUGGUUGGUUCUACAACUCUCCUUUUCGUCUGGAUUUACUUGCAAACAAUGCAAGAGAUGACGAGCAAACAGAUGACGUCGUGCUCUCGCUAUCUGAUGCCCUGCCUCCAAGUUGGUCGAUUGAAAGGGAGAGAAAAGAUGGGAAGCUAUGGCAAGAGCUUCGCGAUGGAAUCAGGCUUAGUUGGAUUCUAGUCAACAAGAAAACGAAAAAGGCCGCCAAUCUCUCGAGUUGGAGUCCUAUAGGAGGACAGAGACAUUGGCCUACCGACAAGGAUUUCUUGAUACGAUUCGGUUCAAUUCUCCCUGCAAAAGACAUUCUUCCAUGUCAAGUAGUGGAGUGCAUCCUUAUCAUGAAGUUCAAAGUGGUCGUUGCCGAGGAUGGAGGCUCCCACACCACUCUCAAACUAUCCGAACUAAGCAUGCAGCUUGGAGACAUGGAAGGCUCUCAUGUCAACGGGAGAAACAGCUUGCUCGUUCUCAAAGAAGCGCUCAACUGCCCUAGGAGCAAGAACUACAGCGAGGCCCUCGAAUCAUGUCACUUGUACUCGAAAGUCCAGAGCGAGCUCAAGGAGAAGAAGAUGAGAUAUGAAAGCAGGUUAGAUACAGUUUGGAUUUUAGUAAGUAUAGUUGCUUGCGCAACAUUUUGUUUAUACUGUUUGUGAAAAUUCCCUAUGGCUUGUGUGUUAUAGGACGCAGUUUUGUUGUGUGCACAUAUAGUUUGUAUCUUCGUCUUCCCUCACCACUAAACGUUGCUUGUAUAGUAAAUUAUCUUCGACCACCUCUACAUAGUUCAAAGAGUUGAUCAAAUGCUUCUA